AUGCAUAAAUUUGAUCUAGAGCUCUCGAGAAGAGCGAACCCUUUGCUUUUUAGUGCAGAACGAUACGAAGAGUAUCCAUUGAAAUACGAUGAAUUGAAACAGUACCUUCUCUCCCAAAAUCCGUCACAUCCGCAUCACAAUAGUAGACCAUACACUUCCAUUGACUAUUUUGACUAUCUUCUGUAUAGAAGUAAAAAUGACGAGUCAGAAAUAGACCUUGACAAAAAGCUAGUGUCUGAGUUCGCCCUAUACUACGUUCAAAAAGAGCACUUGAACUCUGAUGAUCUAAAUCCCACACUCAAUGAGUUGCUGAAGCUGCAGCCGAAGUCUGCGGAUUGGUAUGAAAUGAUGCUGAGGAUCCUUGAAUCCAUUAACACUACAGGGAUAGACCAGCUUACGAAGGAAAACAACAACAGUUUCCCAAAUUCUAAAAGAGCGAGGUCUUCCACUAAUAUGGGUGGCACAGAUAAAUUUAACAAGGGUGCUUACCAUACUGACAAAGCUGAUGACGAUAAAAAUGAAAUACUUCAAGAAUUAACGUCCUUCUUGAUGUCAAACUCCAUUCAGAAAGGCAUUGAUAUCAAGCCAAUACCAUUAGAUGACCCUGUGAAGUUCUUGAAAAAUGGGAUAAAUUCUAUCUUGGAUACCUGCGUCAGUCUAGAAAAAAAUACGUCAUCACCACCUAUUUCGCCUAACGCCGCUGCAAUUCAAGAGGAAGACUCCUCUAAAAAAUUAGAAGAACUAGAAACGGCAUUUAGUGAUUUGCAACUGGCACACAAUUUCUUGACUAAGCAAUUCGAGAAUGACCGUGCCGAAUAUGUACAAGAUAUCGAGAAGCUAACGCGGACUAACAGAGAAUUACAAGAUAAGUUAUUAAACAACCACUCGAAUUUGAGUAAAACUGAAAAGAAAUUACACGAAUUGGAGCAGGAAAAUAAAGAACUUGAAAAAGCCAACAACAAGCUGAAUUCAAGCAGACAUAAUUUCGGCAUGUCAUCACCAGCGAGUUCGCCGGUGACUUGGGAUCCAAGUUCACCUUCCUCUGUAGGAAGCCCCACAAGCGGUUCUGGAUCACGUUCACUUUCAAUAAUGACAAGUGAGUUUAAAAAAGUGCUUACGAGUACACAAAGAAAGUAUGAAAAAGAAUUGUCGGAUGAGCGUGAACAUAGAUUCAAGCUGGAAAGGGAGCUUGCUUUGCUGAAAAAUGCAGAGGCAAACACCUCGCUGGCGCUUAAUAGAGACGAUCCACCAGAUAUGCUAUGA